GAGAACGUGUUUACCGGGCAAUCAAAGAUCUAUACCUACAUGAGCCCGAACAAAUGCUCUGGAAUGCGUUCCCCCCUUCAGGAAGAGAACUCAGUUGCACAUCACGAGGUCAAAUGCCAGGGGAAGCCAUUAUCCGGCAUCUACAGGAAACGCGACGAGAAAAGAAACUCUGGGAAUGCCAUGCGAAGCACCAUGAAGGCCGAUGAACACAAGAUCAAAGACGCCAGGAGGGGUCCCCUGGCACCUUUUCCAAACCAAAAAUCUGAAGCUGCAGAACCUCCCAAAACCCCAACCUCGUCUUGUGAUUCUCCCAAUGCAGCCGCUGCCAAGCAAGCCCUGAAAAAGCCUGUCAGGGGCAAACAGACACCCAGGAAAAAAGCUCAAGGAAAAACGCAACAGAAUCGCAAACUCACAGAUUUCUAUCCAGUGCGAAGGAGCUCCAGGAAGAGCAAAGCUGAGCUGCAGUCUGAAGAAAGGAAAAGAAUAGAUGAACUGAUUGAAAGCGGGAAGGAAGAAGGAAUGAAGAUUGACCUCAUCGAUGGCAAAGGCAGGGGUGUGAUUGCCACCAAGCAGUUCUCCCGGGGCGAGUUUGUGGUGGAAUACCAUGGGGACCUCAUUGAGAUCACCGAUGCCAAGAAGCGGGAGGCUCUGUACGCACAAGACCCCUCCACGGGCUGCUACAUGUACUAUUUUCAGUAUCUGAGCAAAACCUACUGCGUGGAUGCGACUAGAGAGACAAACCGCCUGGGGAGGCUGAUCAAUCACAGUAAAUGCGGGAACUGCCAGACCAAGCUGCACGACAUCGGCGGCGUGCCUCACCUCAUCCUCAUCGCCUCCCGCGACAUCGAGGCCGGGGAGGAGCUCCUGUACGACUACGGGGACCGCAGCAGGGCUUCCAUCGAAGCCUACCCCUGGCUGAAGCAUUAGCCCAGCGGCCCCGUUCCCCUCCCCGCCUCCCUUCUUCAAUGGACAAAGUGCCCUCAAAGGGAAUUGAUUUUUUUUUUUUACACACUUAAUCUUAGCAAAUUACUUCAGAUGUUUUUAAAAAGUAUAUUAAGAUGCCUUUUCACUGUAGUAUUUAAAUAUCUGUUACAGGUUUCCAAGGUGGACUUGAACAGAUGGCCUUAUAUUACCAAAACUUUUAUAUUCUAGUUGUUUUUGUACCUUUUUUGCAUACAAGUCGAGCGUUUGUGCUUCCCGUGCAGUCAAAGACUCGGCACAGGUUUUAGAGGAAAGAGUCGAACAUGAACUAGGAAGCCGGGCAAUGCUCCUGCCUCCAACCCAAGAGCCAGGACUGUCCCCCACCCCCGCGCACCUCCGACGUCCCAGUGCAGGCGGGCAUGAGGAAGACGCCGCCUCGCCAUGGCCUGGCUGGGAUGUUCCCAAGCUCUUGUUUCCUGACAUCUCGACAGGCGCACAUUGAAGUGUAUGAAUAUUUUUUAAAAAAAGGUUUCACAGUAAGAUAGUCUUCCCCUCUGCUUUCUCGAAAGCUCACUGACCCGGCGGCUCACGGGCCGGGCCUAGAACACUCUUCCACGGGCUGCCGCUUUUCUGGGCACCUCGCAGCAUCAGGGCGGGGAAUCAAAGCAGAUGUGGGCAGGGCAAAGCAUCGCUUACCUGGCCCUGCCGGCGCAGGGUUUCCCGAAACUGGUUGAUUUCUUUAUAGAAAUGUGAACACUGAGUUUUAUUUUAAAAAGUAAUAAAAAGCAAAAAGCAAAAAGACAAAAAAAA